CAUCGCUAUUAAUUAAUUAACCUAUUCUGAAUCCCUAAUCGUUCGUUUAGUUUGCAGCCACAGCAGCAGCCAUGGUGUUCGUUGUGACACCGAACCACAGAACCCUAGCCUUAGACGUAGACCCUAACGCAACCACUCUCCAUCUUCUCAAGCUCGCGAUUCAUCAAAACUGCACCAUCCCUAUCUCACAGCAACGCUUGUUCCUUUCUCAGAGCCUUCGAUUACUCGGAGAUAACGAUUCCCUUCUCAUUUCCGACCUUGGUGUGGGACCCUACUCUACCCUAACCCUCCACGUCCCCUUUCACGGCGGAACUCAGCCACCGGCUGUUCCGAAGCCCCGAUUCGAUUUCCUCAACUCGAAACCGCCUCCCAAUUAUGUUGCUGGACUUGGACGUGGCGCAACCGGCUUCACCACGCGGUCCGAUAUCGGACCUGCCCGCGCCGCCCCUGACCUCCCUGACAGAUCCGCCACCACCAUCGGCGGCGCUGCCCCUGCUGCCGCCGGCAGGGGAAGAGGGAAGGGCGGCGAGGAUGAGGAAGAAGACGAAGGGGAAGAUAAAGGGUAUGAUGAGAAUCAGAAAUUCGAUGAGUUUGAAGGGAAUGAUGUUGGGUUGUUUGCCUCUGCGGAAUAUGAUGAGGAUGAUAAGGAGGCUGAUGCUGUUUGGGAAGCCAUUGAUAAGAGAAUGGAUUCGAGGAGGAAGGACAGAAGAGAGGCAAGGUUGAAGCAGGAGAUUGAGAAGUAUCGUGCCUCUAACCCCAAAAUCACUGAGCAAUUUGCUGAUUUGAAGCGUAAGUUGUUUACACUCUCUUCAGAUGAGUGGCAGAGCCUUGAGAAGUUUGAGAGUGGGGGUUAUUCAUCAAGGAAUAAGAAGAAGAGGUUUGAGAGUUUUGUCCCUGUUCCUGAUACACUUCUUGAGAAGGCAAGGCAGGAGCAAGAGCAUGUGACAGCAUUGGAUCCCAAGAGUAGGGCAGCGAAUGGGACUGAGACACCUUGGUCACAAACCCCGGUUACUGAUUUGACUGCUGUUGGUGAGGGUAGGGGUACUGUGUUGUCUUUGAAAUUGGAUAGGUUGUCGGAUUCAGUGUCCGGGAUGACGAAUGUGGAUCCAAAGGGGUAUUUGACUGUUCUUAAUAGUAUGAAAAUAACAAGCGAUGCUGAGAUUUCAGAUUUCAAGAAGGCUAGGUUGCUGCUCAAGAGUGUUACUCAGACAAAUCCUAAGCAUCCUCCCGGUUGGAUUGCGGCCGCUAGGUUGGAGGAGUUGGCUGGCAAGCUUCAAGUGGCUAGGCAAUUGAUAGAGAGGGGAUGUGAAGAGUGUCCCAAGAAUGAAGAUGUGUGGCUGGAGGCCUGUAGGCUGGCAAAUCCUGAGGAAGCCAAGGCUGUGAUAGCUCGUGGUGUCAAGUCCAUUCCCAACUCUGUGAAGUUGUGGCUGCAGGCUGCGAAAUUGGAACAUGAUGAUGCAAACAGGAGUAGGGUGUUGAGGAAAGGGUUGGAGAACAUUCCUGAUUCGGUUAGGCUGUGGAAGGCUGUCGUGGAGCUUGCUAAUGAAGAAGAUGCUAGGCUUUUACUUCAUAGAGCUGUUGAAUGUUGUCCCUUGCAUGUCGAAUUGUGGCUUGCUCUUGCGAGGUUGGAAACUUAUGAUAAUGCCAAGAAGGUUCUUAAUAGGGCAAGACAGAGGCUGCCCAAGGAGCCGGCCAUAUGGAUAACAGCUGCCAAGUUGGAAGAAGCUAAUGGGAAUACUUCCAUGGUUGGCAAGGUAAUUGAAAGGGGUAUUAGGGCUUUGCAGAGAGAAGGUUUGGUGAUUGAUAGAGAAGCUUGGAUGAAGGAAGCAGAGGCAGCAGAACGUGCUGGGUCGGUUGUAACUUGCCAAGCAAUAAUCCACAAUACAAUUGGAAUUGGAGUUGAAGAAGAGGAUAGGAAGAGGACAUGGGUUGCCGAUGCAGAGGAAUGCAAGAAGAGAGGUUCUAUUGAGACGGCCAGAGCUAUAUAUGCUCAUGCUUUGACUGUCUUCUUAACUAAGAAGAGCAUAUGGCUUAAAGCAGCACAACUUGAAAAGAGUCAUGGAACCAGGGAAUCUCUUGAUGCAUUACUUCGUAAAGCAGUUACCUACCGACCACAGGCUGAAGUUCUUUGGCUUAUGGGUGCCAAAGAGAAGUGGCUUGCUGGAGAUGUGCCUGCAGCACGUGCUAUUCUCCAAGAAGCUUAUGCUGCCAUUCCCAAUUCUGAGGAAAUAUGGCUUGCGGCUUUCAAGCUUGAAUUUGAAAACCAUGAACCUGAGAGAGCAAGGAUGUUAUUGGCUAAAGCCAGAGAGAAAGGAGGUACAGAAAGAGUCUGGAUGAAAUCAGCAAUUGUGGAGAGAGAACUGGGAAACAUUGAAGAGGAGAGGAGAUUGUUAAAUGAAGGGCUGAAGCAAUUCCCUUCAUUCUUUAAAUUGUGGUUGAUGCUCGGCCAGCUUGAGGAACAGCUUGCCGAGAAUGCGAAGCGGCUCAAUCAGCCCGAGAAUCGGCUUGAUCACAUGAAGGAAGCUAAGAAGGUCUAUGAAUCUGGACUGAAAAACUGUCCUAAUUGUGUACCACUUUGGCUCUCCCUUGCUAAUCUUGAAGAGGAGAUGAAUGGACUGAGUAAAGCUCGGGCAGUUCUGACAAUGGCUCGGAAAAAGAAUCCUCAAAACCCUGAACUCUGGCUAGCUGCUGUUAGAGCAGAAUUGAAGCAUGGAUAUAAGAAAGAAGCUGAUAUUUUGAUGGCAAAAGCAUUGCAGGAGUGUCCCAACAGUGGCAUUCUUUGGGCAGCAUCAAUUGAGAUGGUUCCUCGUCCCCAGCGUAAAACCAAGAGUAUGGAUGCCCUCAAGAAAUGUGACCAUGAUCCCCAUGUUAUCGCUGCAGUGGCCAAAUUAUUCUGGCAUGAUAGGAAGGUGGACAAAGCUAGGACUUGGCUGAAUAGGGCUGUGACACUAGCUCCUGACGUUGGGGAUUUCUGGGCAUUGUGCUACAAAUUUGAACUGCAACAUGGAACUGAAGAGAACCAGAAGGAUGUAUUGAAGAGAUGUGUUGCUGCUGAACCAAAACAUGGAGAGAAAUGGCAAGCAAUCUCAAAGGCAGUUGAGAACUCUCACCAACCAACGGAAUCCAUCUUGAAGAAAGUGGUGGUUGCACUUGGGAAGGAAGAGAAUGCAUCUGAGAAUAGUAAACAUUGAUUUACAAAGAUUGUAGCAUCUUUUAUGUUCUCGGGUAGUGUCACGAACAGUUAGUUUUGAAGAGAAAUUUGGAUCUUUAUGAAUAAUUGGAAUGGUUGUAUCUCAUGUAGAUUUUUGAACGAACUUAUAUAUUAGUUGUAUACUUUAUCCAUGUUCUCCUUUCCCUUAACACGUUUCUUUCGUCUGUAGCUUAUGUACUUUAUGGAUUA